UUCUGUACUUAAAGGCAAGAGGCAGACAGAUGUUGGCAAAGAGGGUUCUCCUAAAACCAUGUUCGGGUAGAUUUUUUGCUAACUGCAUAUAUAAAUACGAGCAGACGUCCGGUCACCUCUGUAACCACCGGCAGCAGCAGAAGAAGCCGCAUCUUCAGACGCAGCCAGAGGGACCUCAGAGCAGAGAAGGAGCUGCCUGACUCUGGAAGCUGCCUGACCGGGCAGCCCGGCUGCACGGCCGGCUCUCUCUUUUUCCUUCCUCCCCUUCUUUGACUUUCCCUCUUUUCCUCUAUCACUUGCUUCUUUCUCCCGGCGGACUUAAGCGCCACUCCGUUCCCCCUCCCUUAGGCUCGUCGCUUCCUCUUGAUUAUACAUCUCUCCAAGUCACGCUCCCUCCUAGUUCUGAGUCUACAAACUUUUGAACGGAAUACUAGCCCCAGCAAACAAGUCCUCCAGCUCCUCCUGCUGCUUCUCCUCAGACACCAACGCCAGACAGUGAUGCCUCUCGGGUUGUGAUUCCAGCUCAGAAACUUGAAGGAGCCCUUUGCCCGCCAUCCUUUUUGGCAGCAAACCCUCUCAUAGCAGCGAAUGACCAUGUGUAGCGGAGCAAGGUUGGCCCUGCUGGUCUAUGGGAUAAUAAUGCACAGCAGCGUCUACUGCUCACCUGUCGCCGCCGGACUCCGGUUCCCCGGGAUCAGUCCUGAGGAUGAGGCUUACGACGAGGACGGAAACUCGCUGCAGGACUUUUACGACUCGGACCCGCCCGGCGCAGGGAGCCCCGCCUCUGCGCUGCAUGACGCCUACGCUCUCUACUAUCCAGCGGAGAAGAGAGAUGUCGCCCAAGGGAUCCUUAACAAGGCCUACCGCAAAGUGCUGGACCAGCUGUCUGCCAGGAAGUACCUGCAAUCCCUCAUGACCAAGAGUGUGGGUGGGAACCUUGGCGGCGGCGCGGAGGAGGACUGGGAGCCGCUCUCCAAGCGCCACUCGGAUGGAAUCUUCACAGACAGCUACAGCCGCUACCGGAAGCAAAUGGCUGUCAAGAAAUACUUGGCGGCCGUCCUGGGGAAAAGGUAUAAACAAAGGGUUAAAAACAAAGGACGUCGAAUAGCGUAUUUGUAGCGAUGAGUUACUUACUACCCUGUGUAUACAACCCUGACACAGUGAAAAGUCGUUUUCCAAACUGACUGAAGUCAUCGCUCAUGUGUUCUAUCCAAACAUGUAUUUAUGUAUGAAGUAAAGCCAUUAAAUGAAUAUUUUGAUAAUAAUAUUGUUUUUCUUUUUACAAAGCACUAGAGAAUGCACAGAUAUACUUUGUGGACCAAUAUAUAUUAUAAGUAUAUAUAUUAAGAAUAUAUAUAAGUAUAAUAGAGAGCAACUCAUACAAAGUGUGCACAAGGAUUGAAAAUUUGCCUGAGCUGUUUAUGUUUUUAUAUAAAAUAAAUAGAAAAAUAGACAAUCAUUGUUUUGAAUAUUACUCCUAUUUUUGUAAACUGGAAUUAAAAGGAUAGUAUUUUUAUCCACGACAGGCCUGAAGAUAUUAAUAUUGACCAUUUGCUACUGUACAUAAACAAUGAUGCCCUGCUCCAGGGGGAUUUUGAGGUAAUGAUUUGGAGAAUUGCUGGAGGGCAUUCUUUCCCAGUGAGUCUCUGGGGCAGGCUGCUUCAAUCCCAGCCUAAUAUAUUCAAGUGGGCACUGUCCCACUGGCUGGGGGGCAAUUCCAAUAUUUUCGCUUUCUUUGAUUCUACUUUUAUGUGUAUUUGUCUCUCUUCAGACUCUCAGCCCAGAAGGAAAAUUCUAAUAAAACAACAGCUCAAUCCAAAUUGUGCUUCUCCCCAGAAUUGAUUCCCUUCCCUGGAUGAAGAGUGAAGGGACUGUACAGAGAAGGGGAGCUUGGGUAGGAAGCUCUCUUUUCUGUACUUCCUGAUUCACCAGGGAACCAAAUAUCCCAAGGCUAGGGCAAUUGGAACAAAAAUGAAGGAAAUAGAGGUAUAUUGGAAGAGGCAGAGCAUAAGGCAGUAGGAGGAGACCCUGGAGCGGGACUGGUAUGAGGCUCCCCAAGUCUGGGAAGCUGGGAGUGAGUCCAGUCCCACCACAGGUCCACUGCCUGCCUGAUUUUUGGGUGCUGGGUAUUGGAAACGGAUGCAAAGUACAAUGUGUUUUUCUCCAGUGCUGUCCAUGCUUCUCAUCUUGUGAAAUGGCCAGGAUUCUCCCCGCCUCUGAACCCAGCUCUGUAGAAGCCACCCUUUUCCUUUGUGGUUUUUUGAAGACCCUUUCUUCCCACCCUCCUGCACUGUUUAAGUACUGUUUACCAUUUUUUUUCAUUCACUUAUCUUAAACUUGUGAAUGCUUCUGUUUUUUGUUGUUGUUUGAUGCAAGCAGUUAUUGUAAAGUUUAGGAACUCCUGUGUAGCUACCACUAAGUAAUUAUGCACUAAAUAUGAACCUUUUGUUUCUUGUUUAUUGAGUUUGUAGGUAAAAUGUAUUUUUCUACAUUAUGGCUUAUUGCUUAGUAAAAUUUAUUUCAUAAAACCAAUCUUUGUCAUAAUAGAAUGUGUAGUGUUCACAUGUUGCUCAGUUUUACUAACUGAUAAAUCAUUUAAACCUCAUCUUUCUAUGUAUGAGUACUAUCUUAUAUCUGUGGUCAAGAAUGAGGUAAGCAAGCUCCCUAAACCACCCUUGUAUCCUUUCUUGGCUAAAGAAAGCAUGUCUGUUUCCUGUCAAUUCCUUGAACAUAUAGAGUAAUCUUUAUAAACAAAAGAACCUUCACCCAGCAACCAGAUCAAGCAGCAACAGAUUAACCAGUCAGUCCAUCUCCCAAAUUUCAGGCACAAAUUUUUAGGAAAAAAAGAAAAAAAAAAUAAAAAAAAUAAAAAAAAUUAAGCAUUAGUUUUUAAAAUUUAAAGGAUCUUUCCUUUUCCUUUAUGGAUUUGAUCAGUAUGAAGUCAGACAUCAAAGAAAACAAUUGUAUUUCCAUUCCCAAGGCGGGAUGGAUGCUGCCAGGAGAUCACAUUGCAAACAGUAAAAACAGAGAGGCAUUCGAUCUAUGCCUGAGUCCUGCGUAUAGGAUCAAUCUUUCUUGAAUUCCGCAGUCUCCUCAGGCAAUGUGACACGGGAUGCAGUUUGCAGCUUUAGUGCCUUUCUUCGCCUUUUAAAUCGCCACGAAUCACAGAUGGCUAUUUAGUGGCCCUAUAAUGCUGCAACACAUCAGCUUGCAUUUUAGUCUUAAUUAUUUGUUUCUUGGAUAAUGGGCAGAGUUUUCUGUAUUUGUGUCAGCUGUUAGUGGUGAAAUAGGGCUCUAGUUAACCUUUUAUUUAUGAAGUCUAAUUUAGUGUUCCCGUGGCUAGUUGCAAGCAUUUUACAGUGAUCACCCAGUUUAAUCUUUUGUAUAUUUUUUAGAAAUGCCAAGAGCCUUACUAAACUGGAGCAGAUUUAUGAUAUAGUGAUAAUUUAGGUAGAUGUUAGUCUUGAAGCUCUUAUUUUGUGUGCAACUGAUUAUCAAAACAUCUUAACCAAGUAUUAUUACACACAUGAUAUCUAUAACUAGGACUUUGAUAACUGUUAUAUAAAGUGUGUAAAAUUUGUAUGAAUAAAUU